CUUCCCAGUCAGUGUGAAUCUCUCUCAGCCUACACAAUCUCCCAACACAACCUCGGGCUCAGUAAUGUGAAUACGCUGCGAGAGAGAGCUCUGCCUUCUUCACGUUCUGCGCUUCCACCUGCUCGAGGACACACUCACACCACACACUCCUGGCAUCAUGGAGGAGGCUGACCUGCUAAAGGAAAGGCUGCAGGCCAUCACGGACAAAAGAAGAAUCCAGGAGAACAUCGCCAAGAAAAGGAGACAGAUUGAAGAGGAGAAAUUAAAACUCCAGUACAUAAAGAAGAAAGCCCUGAGGGAGCAGUGGCUGAUGGAUGGCCUGAGUCAGCAGUCGGAGGAGGAACAGGAAGCCAUGAGGCUCCAGGCUCAGGACAUACAGCAGCAGAGUGAUGAGCUGCAGAGCAACAUCCUCAGAAUCGAGGAAGAGAUAGAGACCUUGGAAACACAGGAGCUUGUCAUCUCUGCCAAUGAAGAAGUGGUUCUGAAACAAUUAAAAGAGGUGGAGAGGACUGCUGAGGACAUUAUCAAGGAGAUAAAUGCAGACUUCCACACAGAUUUGAUACAUCAUGAACCCUUGUCACUCCCAGAUAUCCCAUCACUCAUCCCACUGACAACAAAAAAACCUCCCAUACAUGAGCUCACUAAUGAAGCACCAAAGAAAGCUACAUUUGCGAUGGAGAUUAGUGUGGAGCAUGAUAAAAAAACAGGCAAAAGUCAGGUGGUCUCUACAGCGACCAUCACCCCAGACACCAUCGAGGAGAGGGGAUAUAAGGUGUAUGAUGAUGGGCACAAGUCAGUAUAUGCACUGCACCCAGAUGGAGGCAAACUGCACAAUGGAGCAGUUGGAGAGAUGACACUCACAGAGGUAGAAGAGCUGCUGCAUCAGGCCACAGAGACCAAUGUGCCCACUGAGGUGCAGUACCAUCAGCCGGUCUACUCUGUACCCUAUACAGGCAGCAGCAGACCUUCAACACCCAGGACACCAAACAAAUCACAAACACCCAGCCCCAGCCCAUUUCAGGGCUCAGUCCAAUCCAUAAAUGGUGCUCAAAUCCUCAGAAAGGAAAAGCAGCUCAGCCAAGACUUGGACGGAUGGAAAACCCCGAGCAAAACACCCAGUCCCAGUCUCAUCCAACAGGACUCCACAUCCAGAGUGCAAAGACCAAGAGAAGAAACCAAGCUGCCCUCUUUACCCUUUCCAGGACAAACAAAGAGUGAAGGACAUUUAAUGUCACAGCUUCACUUUGGUGAUAAAACUCCACCAAGACUCAGCAUCAGCAAGGUGGAUGUGAGCAGUCCAAACCCAGUAGCUCUCGUCUCAGUCAGAGCCAGUACUACAGGAAUGCCAGCACCCCUACAGCCUGUCUACAGGGGGAUAGACAGCUGUAGUCCUUCACUACACAACCACAAGUCUGAUCCUGAUGCCUUGAUAGAGAACUCAGGUGAUUUAAACAGACAUUCACCCUUCUGUGCCUCCCUGAACCUCGUCAACGCUCUGCCAGAGGAGGUUGAGUCAGAGCAAGUCACCAUGAUUUUUAUGGGCUACGAGAACGCUGAUGAUGAGGAAGAAGAAGACAUUCAGGCUGAGCUGGUGAUCAUAGGGAACAGUGAUGAGGAUGAUGAUAAUGAUGAGGCCCAGUGUGGUGAAUCUGAAAGAGAGCAUCUCUCAUACCACCCAGAGGGAUACAAGAGCAAAGUCUUCCGACCCAAGGUGGGUCUAGCCAAGGUCACAGGCUGCAGAAACAUUACCGAAGACACCUACACAAACUGGAAAGAUUUAGGACUCCACAAGCCAACAUUCAUCCACAAGACUGGAAAGCACAGUCACUGCCUGCAGGGACAGAGGGCGGAUGAGUCUGCAAACCCAGGCAGCUGAGAUAUGGAGGAGAUGAAGCCCUGUUCAACGGGAAGAUGGACUGUCACCACUUCCUAAGAAUGUGGGGCGUUGAAAA